GAUCAGCAUCUUGCAGAACGCACAGAGCCGCGCGCACCGGACACGGUACCAAGGCGCAGACACAAAAGACUCAGGACUCACCGAGCCUUCUUAUUGUCUUUGGGACUUUCUGCAUGUUGUUUGAAUGAAAGCGCGGACUGAACCCCUUUGGACACCGAGGGGGUUGUUUUAUUUAGACUUAUCGGCGAGGCGGUGUUCUGGUCCGGGUUUGUUUUGGCAGAUUACACACUGAAGUGAAUGUGGUAUGACAGAAGCGCGUCAACAGUCACCACUCCUGAGUGCGCCUGGCAAUCACAGAGAUGAACUUUUAUUUUGUGCGUUGCUGGAUAAUAACCUGAAUGUAUAAUGACUGGAGUUAAUUAGCCUCAUGUGUUUGGGAAUACAUCGGCUUCUCUGGAUAUCUUGUGGCGUCUCACUUUUUGCGGCACAAGUGGAUGUUCUCCCGGAACGUGAACAUUUGUAAAUUAAAAUUAGCUUUAACGUCAGAGUGUUUGUCUAAUAUAUUCACACUUGUAACCUUAAGUUAGAAAAAUGAGCAUCUACAGCCUGGCUUUGUCCUGCUUAGUGGCGUGCGUUCUGUCCGUGCGCUGCAGCUCGGUGGCCGGGGCAGAGACUCAGAGCUCGCCCCAGGAGUCGUGCGCGUCCUGCGGCCUGAGGGCGCCGGAUCAGUCGGAGCGGGUCAACAUAGACUUUUUGGAAGCGGUGAAGAGGCACAUACUGAACCGGCUGCAGAUGAGAGACAGACCCAACAUCACUCAUCCCAUCCCGAAGGCUGCGAUGGUGACGGCGCUGAGGAGGCUGCACGCCGGGAAAGUGCGAGAGGACGGCCGGGUGGAGAUACCCAGCUUUGACGGACAGGCUGCAUACAACAACGAGGUUCAAGCGGAGAACUCGGAGAUUAUCAGCUUCGCCGAAUCAGAUGAUCACACCUCAAAGUCUGGUUUGUACUUCCUAAUCUCCAAUGAGGGCAACCAGAACCUGUACGUGUCCCAGGCCAACCUGUGGCUCUACUUCCGUGUGCUGCCAGCCGGGCCUGAGAAGGGCCUCCGGAGGAAGGUGACGGUCAAGAUCCAUUACCAGGAGGCUGGGGCUGAGGGCGGCCCAGGAGGCGGAGGUGGAGGAGGACCAGGCCGCUGGGCCCUGGUGGAGAAACGGGUGGAUCUGAAACGCAGCGGCUGGCAUACUUUCCCCCUCUCGGAGGCGGUGCGGGCUGUGUUCGGGAAGGGCAACCGGCGGCAGGAGCUGGAGGUUCACUGUGACGGCUGCGAGACGGGUGGCGUGGCCCCGGUGCUGGUGGACCCAGGUGACCCAUCCCACCGGCCCUUCCUGGUGGUGCGUGCGAGACAGGUGGACGGAAAACACCGCAUCCGCAAGCGGGGGCUGGAGUGUGACGGCACUAGCGGGGGCCUGUGCUGCCGGCAGCAGUUUUACAUAGACUUCCGCCUCAUUGGCUGGAACGACUGGAUCAUUGCACCAGCUGGUUAUUAUGGCAACUACUGCGAGGGCAGCUGCCCGGCCUAUAUGGCGGGCGUGCCUGGCUCCGCUUCAUCCUUCCACACUGCAGUAGUUAACCAGUACCGCAUGAGAGGGAUGAGCCCGGGCUCGGUCAACUCCUGCUGCAUCCCCACCAAGCUCAGUACUAUGUCCAUGCUCUACUUUGACGAUGAAUACAACAUCGUAAAGAGGGAUGUGCCCAACAUGAUUGUGGAGGAGUGUGGCUGCGCUUGACUUCACACUGACCCUUCAUUAUCUCUGAACAAUCAGAAAGGCCUUUUGUACAAACAGGACGUUAUUGUACGGUACACAUAUACAAUAUAUCUAUACCUACUGUAUGCGCAAGCAACACGCACACUGCUACAUGCAAGUAUCAGUGCUGUGUCCAUGUGUGUAUUUGCACGUGCUUGUGCAAGUGUGUGUAUUUAUCAGACUGAGUGACGUGCUUGCUGUCCGAGUUGGUCAACUGGUCAGCGAUGGGACGAGAAGGGAAUGAUUAUCACCAAAUGAUACUUUGCUCUAGUUUGCCAUUUCUAGUCAAAAAAUAAUGGCUCAUCAUCUCCUCUUGAAUGAAGAUAACAAGCGCUUAAGUGACAGGAUCAGCCGAUGACAUUAUUGGCUUCACCCCAACCCCACUCCUACAACCCUCUUAAGUACUUUAAGCACAUGACAGACUUUUGUUUUUAUAAAGCACUGACAAUUCAUCAGCUUAUACAAUUCAGAACACCAGCACUUCCCUACUAUGCCGACAGACACAGUCUGACUGUCCUCUCUGGUGGAAUUAGACCGGCAGCGCUUAAUGCCUUGCAGGAUUAUACCCU